AUGGUAAGCGCAAAGUGGACACAGAUCCUGGACACGCAGAGAGUCAAGAGAUCAUCCCAAGCCCUCUCUGUGAUUGGCAGUGAUGCCUAUAUAUACGGUGGAGAGAUCAAGCCCCGUGAGCCCGUUGAUUCGGACAUCCACGUAAUCCAUCUUGCUGAGGUUCAGAAUGACGCGGACUUGGUGUCCAAGAUUACGGCAUCGAACUCGGGCCCUUCGCCACGGGUGGGAGUCCUCUCCACGGGGCUGGAUGGAAAGUUAUAUGUCUUCUCUGGGCGGGGAGGGGUCGCUAUGAGUCCAAUUGAGGAGAAGGGUUCGCUAUGGGUCUUUGAUCCUGUUGAAGAACAGUGGGCGCGCGUUGCCCCCAAAGACGAGACCUUGCCAUAUCCCGAAGGUCGAAGCUACUAUGCACUUACAUCCGAUGGUCAUGACGCUAUCUUUCUCCAUGCUGGCUGUCCGGAAAAGGGGAGACUCUGCGAUCUCUGGUCGUUCAAUAUUAUGGACCGCGCAUGGAAACGGUUGGCUGACGCGCCAGAACCUGCCCGAGGCGGCCCCUCGAUUGCAUUUUCAGAUGGCAAGUUGUACCGCAUGAAUGGUUUCGAUGGCAAGACCGAACAGGGUGGCAACCUUGACGUGUAUGAUGUCGCCAACGACAUCUGGACAACGAUUGCAUAUCCCGCAGACGGCUGUUCUGGCCCUCCAGCGCGGAGUGUAAGUUGCCUUGUUGCAAUCAGGAUAUCAGGGAAGCCGGUUUUGGUCACCGUGUUUGGUGAGAGUGACCCGAGCAACCUUGGUCAUCAAGGUGCCGGGAAGAUGCUGAACGACGCUUGGAUUUUCCAUAUUGACACAUCAAUCUGGACGAAGGUGGACAUGUCUGGAUUAGAUCGGCCUGCUGCACGGGGUUGGUUCGAUGCUGAUGUCUUGCAAAGCUCGCCAUCACCAAAGGUUGUGAUCCACGGAGGCCUUGCCGAGUCUAACGAGCGCCUUGGGGAUCUCUGGACGCUGGAAUUUGAUGAUUGA